UUCCCCCCAAAGUUCCCCCACCGGAAGUGAAUUCGCCAACAAUUCGGCACCCGAAAUUAAGAAGUACAGCGUCUCAUCUCCCACGAGGCACCUCUUCACCGUCAUGCCCAACCUCCUGGACCGGGCCGAAGACAUCGAUUUCGUAACGAAAACGGCCAUCGAAAGAGAUCCGAAUAAGAGGAGGGUUAAGCCGGUUGAGACCCAAGCCUCGAUCUUGGAUUUCGAUCUUGAGGAGGAGAGUUCAGAUGAUUCGGAUUUCCGGAUUGAAGACCACCCGGAAGUGAGUGAUGAUGACGACUCCGGGAACAGUGCCUCUGGCGGUAAUGAUAGUAGUGGCGAUGAGGAAUCUGAAGGCUCAGAUUUAGAUGAAUUGAAAAACUUGAAUUUGCCCAAUGGUGAUGGGCUCUCCAUUGCGGAUGUUAUCCAACAAGCUAAUUUACAAUUAACUUCAUUCAACGAAAAAGACGCUCAAAUCCUCAUCUGCUGCGGCUGUCUCGGCGACCAAAGCGACGGCGUCAACGAAAUCGUAGAAUGCGACUCUUGCGGGGUGACCGUCCACGAGGCCUGCUAUGGAGUCUCAGACUCGGCCAGCUUGAGCAGCACAGACUCCCUCUCGCCCACAGCCCCCUGGUUCUGCGAAGCGUGCAAAGCCGGCGUCAUGAACCCCGUCUGCGAACUGUGCCCCAAUUCGGGGGGCAUUUUCAAGGAAACAGACGUCGGCAAGUGGAUUCAUCUCGUUUGUGCUCUCUACGUCCCCGGAGUGGCAUUCGGCGAGGUCGAUAAAUUAACGAGUGUGACACUUUUCGAAAUGCCUUACAGCAAAUGGGGGGCGAAAAGUUGCAGCUUAUGUCAGGAUGAGCGUUUUGCCAGGACGGGUGUGUGCAUUGGGUGCGAUGCCGGCAUGUGCAAGACUUAUUUCCACGUCACAUGUGCACAAAGAGAGGGGUUUUUGUCGGAAGCUCACUCCGAAGAAGUGGAUCAAGCGGACCCCUUUUACGCCCAUUGUAAAUUGCAUUCGGACAAGACUUUGGUUAAACGAAGACGGAAGAAUUACCUAGCGUUGCAGUUGCGGACGCAUUACAGGAAACUGCAAUUUGAGAAAGAAGGCCAUAAGGAGACCCCGGAACAAGUGAGGAUUCAGAGGAAACUCGAGAAGCAAAAAAUGCAUUUUUUGAAUCACAAAGCGUUGAAGCCGCCUCCUUGGGUUCCGACCCAAAAAAUGCCCAGAUUGCUGACCACCAGCGCAUCAGCUUGUCGUAAACUCUUACACAAGGCUGAAUUAAUGGGAAUUAACACCAUGGUCCUCGAGAUGCAAGAAGCCCAAGCUGCGGCCUUGGUCGAUGUCCGGAAGAAGUGGCACAUUCCUCCCGCCUUCACCGUCGAAUUUAUUGCUUAUUAUCUCGACCGCAAUGACCGUCUCAAAGGCAUGAAGCAAACCCUCGAAAAAUUACUAGAAGACAACCGCGAUUUGCUCGAACAACAACAACAUCUCAGGACGAAAUACGAUGAGAUGUUGAAAAAAAGCGCUGAUGAAACUAAGAAAAAUAUUGACUUGAAACAAACGAUACAUAAGUAUCAUUCGGCGAUUUUGAGCGCUUGUCCUACUAAAAAUCUUCCAAAUAUCGAGGAUUUAGGUAAGCCACAAGUUACGAGAACUAAUCAACCUAUGAUGGUCCCAACAGCAGCCGCCCUGAAAAUGGGAGUUGGUUUUCCUUUGAAUAAUAUUAUUCCAGCUGGGAGAACCGACCGCGUGUUGAGCAGUCACGCUAAACAAGACUCUCUGAUGCUGAACGAGUGCGGCAUCUGUCGACAGAAGCGCGACCAGCAUUUGCUCGCAAAAUGCGACACUUGCCACCUCUAUUACCACUUAAAUUGCCUAAAUCCGCCCCUGACUCGUCUUCCGAAAAAAUCGAAACUGUACGGUUGGCAAUGCUCCGAAUGCGAUAAAACUUCCGAUUCGGAAGUCGAAGAGGUGAAAACUCCACGUCGGAGCAAAAGUCGCUACAGUCGUGAGGCACGUUCCGAUCCGGAAGUUGCAACUCCCAAACUCAAAAUCAAACCGGUGGAACCAGUUUCGGAACCUACACCUGAAGAUGUUCCUAUUGAGACAAGUCAUAGUGAAGUCGUGAGUGAAAUGAACGGGUUUCAAAGUUUGGAUAGUAGCAAAAUUCAUGUAUCUAAGUCGGGGAAGAAGCGACGGCGAGAGAAGCACAAGAAUCGGUAUUCUCCCGAAUUAGGGGUGCCGAGUAAGGAACAUAAGAGGAAGAGGAAGAAGAAGAGUCUCGAUUUUGAUGAUCAUAUGCCCCAUCCGAGGAUUACCAUCAAAAUCAAACCGAUUCCCUUGCCGGCCGGAGAGGUUGCUUCCGAGUCGAACCCGCAGUGUUUUUACGUCCCGAAUGAAAACAAUGAUAAUGCGCCACCUCCGGUUUCACUCAAGGUUAUAUCACUGCCAGAAGAAGAAACUUCACCAAAAAUUAAAGAAAAGAUUCCUGUUAGUGACAUUUGUGAUGUUUGUCAAACCAUAACUGCGUCCAAUACUUCAGUCAGGUGUGACGACUGUCAAAAAACUUAUCAUUUCACCUGUCUCGAUCCACCGUUGAAGAAAAGUCCGAAAAAAAGGGGCUAUUCGUGGCAUUGCGCCGACUGUGACCCUACUGGGUCCGAAUAGUUAAGUGUUUUUCUAUUACUCCGAAUUAACUUAAUUAUAUUUAAUUGCGUUUGUGAAAAUAAAAACUAUUUUUUCUGUAA